AUGUAUGGCCUGGUUAUCUUCAGCCUCUGUCUGAGUGCAGUGUACAGCCAGUUCCCCAGGGCUUGCACCACACCAGAAGCUUUGAAGGCCAAGAGCUGCUGCCCAGCAUGGGAAGACGGAAGUCCAUGUGGUUCCCUCUCAGGCCGUGGCCAAUGUCGUGACUGGGUAGUAUUUACACCACUGUCAGCUGGACAAGUUCCCCAGCCUUAUGAUGACCGUCUCAACUGGCCACGGAAUUAUUUUGACAAUACGUGCGAGUGUUUUGGUAACUACAGCGGCUACAAUUGUGGGGAGUGCAAGUUUGGAUACUUUGGAGAAAAAUGUGACCGAACAAAAACUGUAGUUCGCAAAGAGAUCAGAGAACUGUCACGCAUAGAACUACAACGAUUCUUCAGUUACUUGGCUCUGGCCAAGACAACAAAAAGCAAGGACUUUGUUGUCCUCAGCACAGGAAACAGGCAUUACCGAGACACAUAUCGAUUUGUAGAUGCAACUAUUUAUGAUGUUUUUUCUUGGAUACAUUACUAUUCCAUGAAACCAAUCAUGAUAAACAGCUCAUUUAUUGAUCCUAAUAAAAACUAUGCCCAUCAAGGUCCAGCUUUCCCAGGCUGGCAUCGUUUAGGUCUCUUAUUCUUAGAAAGACAAAUUCAGCUUCUGACUGGUGAUGAAGACAUUGGUCUGCCAUAUCUCGACUGGCGUGGAGAGACAAACUGCUCUAUGUGUGACGAUGCGUUCCUUGGAAGUAAUGAUGUGCAAGGAAACCUGAGUCCUUACUCGUAUUUUGCUGGCUGGAUGGCCUUUUGCAGUGGGUUCAAUUAUCCUGGUGCCUACUGUCCAGCUGCUGGGAAUGACUUUCAGAUGGAGCGAGUGCACCGGAAUCCAGGGGGCAAUCCACUGGCUAACAGAAUUCCUUCAUUCCAGGAUGUGGAAGAUACACUGAAAUGGAGAGAUUAUGAUAGAUAUCCACAUGACAGUACUGCAACAAGGAGCUUCCGAAAUAUACUGGAAGGUUUUGUGAGACCAUCGGAUGGGGAGACAUUUGAGAGGAACAUGCACAACCUCUUCCAUAUAUACCUUGGAGGAACCAUGUCACAAAUUCCAAUCUCCAGCAAUGAUCCAAUAUUUGUGUUGCACCAUGGCUUCAUUGACAAGAUUUUUGAAGUAUGGAUAAGAAAGUAUAAUGGGAAUCCACGUAUUUAUCCUAACAAUGAUGAGCUGGGACAAGGACCCAAUGAAUGCUCCACCCCGUACUUCCCCUGCUAUUUAAACAAAGAUCUGCUUCAAGUAUCUACUAAAUUUGGAUAUACAUAUUCUGUAUAUCAGGACCUGUAACUCUGCAAAUCUAGAAUGACUGACAAACACUGAGCACAACACCACGUGACACACCAACACUCGGCUCACAAACACUUUCUAGAUAGUACAGAGACAAGGGCACCCAGACAUAACCAUGACGCAGACACUCAGGUCCCACUCGGCAGAGAGAUACUCAUCUUCCCAAAUAUUGGAUGAAUUGUUCAACAUUUUGGAUGAUUAGCUAA